AGAACAUGUCGGAAAGUAAAGAAGGUUUCAAAGAAGUUCUGAUCGAACCUCUCCAACAGUUCGCGAAAGACUCGAUGCACCUCGUCAAGAAAUGCACCAAGCCCGACCGCAAAGAGUUCACCGCCAUUGCCAGAGCAACCGGUGUUGGCUUUCUUAUCAUGGGGUUUAUCGGAUUCUUUGUGAAGCUGAUUCACAUUCCGAUCAACAAUAUUUUGGUCGGAAACUAAACAGUUUAAAAGUUCGUGGCUAACUC